AUGGAAACAUUGAAUUUGGAUAAAGGAAUGACGGCUGAAUUGCUGAAUGGAGUUGAGCUUAAAGAACAAAGAUCGACUGAGAAUGCGACUGAGGCCUGUAUUACAAAUCAACCAGAAAUAAUCCUACCGAUCUCGGAUCCUACAGAAGAAUGUGAGAAUGACACUGCGACAGCAACGGCUAAAGAAAGUACAGAAGCCUUUGGAACGACUGAAGAGUGUGAGAAUGACUUGUUGGUGCCAACAGCUAGAACGGAUCCCACGGAGGAAUUUGAGAAUGACACAGCUACAUUGAUCUCGACUGUUGAGACUGAAGAGCGUGAGAAUGACACUGCAACGAUGGCUCCAACACCGACAACAAUACUUGUACCAAUUGAUCCCACAGAAGAAUGCGAAAAUGAUUCAACUGUGCCAACAAUUAGAGCUGAUCCCACAGAGGAAUGUGAGAAUGAUACAGUAACGUUGCCACCGAUCAAGGAAACGUUAACAACAUUGCCAACUUUGAAUCUAACUCAGUCAACGGAAGAAUGUGAAAAUGACACGACGACUUUACUGCCGACUACUGGAACUAGAACGACUGCAACUACAACAUCAGUGAUCACAGAGAAAAACCCUAGCGCAACAAUAGAAAAGCCAAAAGUUGUGGAUCAUGGAUUGAAUCAGGAGAGAGCACAUAAAUCCACGGAUCUCUUGGAUAUUCCCUGUGCCACUGAGGGAAUCGUUUUGUUUCAGAAGCCAAAAUUUCAAGGUCCAACCCUUGGGCUUUGUUUUCGAGCAAGAGAUGGGUGCUUGGAUUUGCCGGUGGGCUGGGCCUACGAGAUUGAAUCGGUUUAUGUGAGCAGUGCAGCCGGGUGCUAUGUCUUGUACACGUCGCCGAAUUGUGAGGGAAUGGAGAUGAAGGUGACUUUCAAAAAAGUGCAAGCCCGACGCACGGAGAAUCUCGGCGACUCGAAUCUCGCGCGGCGGCAUUGCUCGAUUCGUGCGUGUGCUCAGUGGGAGAGAUUUCACAAA